UGCCACUGGACCCUGGCUGCAAGUUGGCCGUGUCGUGUGGUGUGGACAUGUGGCAGUGCUACUGCUACUGCUAGCUACUGGCCGCGUUGCUUGCUGGGAGUGGGAGUAUAAGCGUGAGGAGUUUGCUCAAGCUAGCUGGGAGAGAAAUUAAGGGAAGCAAGCAUACUCUAGCAAGAGCUGGUGCCUACUAGCUAGUAGAACUUGGGCGUCAUGGAUCAGCUUGACGAGCAGUCCUUCCUCGACGAGCUUAUGUCGCUGCGCCGGGAGGAGGCGCCGGUGCCGGCUCCGGCUCCGUGGCAGGCGUACCCGGCCAGCGGCAUGAUGACGACGACCGACCUCCUAUUCUACGGCGGCGAGGGCGCCGCCGAGGCGAGCAGCGGCAUGGACUUGGCCGGGCCCUUUCAGCAGCCCAUGGCGCCACCGCCGGCCGCGCCACCGCACCGGCCGCAUGAGGAGUUCAACUUCGACUGCCUCAGCGAAGUGUGCAACCCCUACAGGAGCUGCACCGGCGGCGGCGUCCCAGGGCCUGGCGUCGUCCACGCGGCCGGCCAGGCGUAUGCCCUCCACGACGCCAUGGCGGAGGAUCACCCAAGCUGCGGCAACCUGCAUCGCGGUGGUGGGUCGUCGUCGUCCCCGGUGCCGUUCGUGUUCGGAGAAGGAGGCGCCGGGGAGACCUCGGAGGAGAUGACCAGGGGCGUCUUCUCCGGCGGCAACCCUAGAAGCAAGCUCAACCGCGGCACUACGUCCAAGAACCUCAUGGCGGAAAGGCGGCGCCGGAAGCGUCUCAACGACCGCCUCUCCAUGCUCCGCUCCAUCGUGCCCAAGAUCAGCAAGUCUGCAGAUGGAUAGGACCUCGAUCCUUGAGGACACCUUAGACUACGUGAAUGAACUAACCGAGCGGAUCAAAACCCUCGAGGAGGAGAUCGGCGCCACGCCGGAGGAGCUGAACCUGCUGAACACCACGAAGAAUUUCUCCAGCGGUAGCAGCGAGGAGAUGCCGAUGAGGAAUUCCACAAAGGUACACACUUUGCUCAGGCAGCCAGACAUCAAAUCAUCUAGUUCGCGACGAUUGUUCCCUAAUUUUAGAGUUCUCCUAAUUAAUUGAGGUGUUCAAUUAAAAUUUGGUUUAUGAUUUUGACCGGAUCAACAAUUUUCCAAGGAGUCCUAUCAUUAAAUUGAAGACUUAUAUUUCAGAUUUGAUUCAUGAUUUUGAGUGGGUCAAUGACCUUUUAAAUUAAUUGGCACCAACCAGCUUGUAAAACACAUCCCAUGCACCCUUUCACUACUACUCUCUCUGUCCCAUAAUAUAAGAGUGUCAAAAAACGUCUUACAUUAUGAGACGGAGGGAGUAAAAAAGAAGCACCAACACAUUCAAUGUGACACCAAUAUUACAUGCGGCCACCAAUGAAAUAAAUUUCAUCAUGUAAGUAUGAGUUAAUUAGC